GUUGGAAAAUAAAACAUUUUUUAAAAUGAAAAUUACAACCCUAGCCACAGAGAUUUGCAGGUAAUUAAAAAAUUUUUUGUAUUUCUUUUUCCAACAAGGCUACAAGCCUAGCCACGAAGGGUUGCCGGGUGAGUGACGGGCUGUAGGGCGCCCAAGCCCUCCACCGGGUCGGCCUGGGGCACUCCCGGGGCACCGGCUUCGCGCCUCCGCCGCCCUCUCCGGGAAGCGUGGGUCUGGUGAGCCCCUCCGUCUCAAAGGUUAACUUCGUUACUGGCUAAAUGCGCUGCCGCGCGUACCAAGCCGGCCCGAGCCGGGCAGGGCGGCCCCUCAGCCCCGCUCCGCAUUGUGCGGUAGCCCACAGAACAGGGAAGCGGAGGCCCUGCUGUCUCAACUCCAGUCUCCCAAGGCCGGAAGCCGCUGCCUUAGGAGGACGCGUGCACUGCCCUGGUCAGACGACAGGUCUGCGAGCAAGCAACACGCACCCACAGGGAUCCAAAACUCCUGAGAUCCAGAAGGGCCCAGACGACCAGCGAGAGGCGCGGAAGGAUAGAGGGGACCCAGUGCGCAGAGGCGGGGCUGCGGCCGGCCGAGCGAAGAGCGUACGCGCAUGCGAGGCGGCGCAGGGGACUGGAGAAACCCGAGCGCGUACGUGGGGCGGGGCCGCGACUGGCCAAGCGCCGAAUGCGCGCGCGCGCGGCGGCCCACUACACAGGCCAGAAUGGCGCCGCCUCAGCAUUUUCGGGUGCUACGCUGCUGCAGCUGCCGCCUCUUCCAAGCUCACCAGGUAAAAAAAAAUGUCAAGUGGACAUGCAAAGCAUGUGGAGAGAAGCAGUCCUUUUUGCGGUCAGAGUCUCCUAAAGAGCCGGAACAGCUGAGGAAGCUCUUCAUUGGAGGGCUGAGCUUUGAAACAACCGAUGAGAGCUUGAGGAGCCAUUUUGAGCAAUGGGGAACACUCACAGACUGUGUGGUAAUGAGAGAUCCAAACACAAAGUGCUCCAGGGACUUCGGGUUCCUCACGUAUGCAACUGUGGAGGAGGUGGAUGCAGCCAUGAAUGCAAGGCCACACAAAAUGGAUGGAAGAGUUGUGGAACCAAAGAGGGCUGUCUCAAGAGAUGAUUCUCAAAGACCGGGUGCCCACUUAACUGUGAAAAAAAUAUUUGUUGGUGGCAUUAAAGAAGACACUGAAGAACAUCACCUAAGAGAUUAUUUUGAACAGUAUGGAGAAAUUGAAGUGAUUGAAAUCAUGACUGACAGAGGCAGUGGCAAGAAAAGGGGCUUGGCCUUUAUAAUAUUUGACGACCAUGACUCCGUGGAUAAGACUGUCAUUCAGAAAUACCAUACUGUGAAUGGCCACAACUGUGAGGUUAGGAAAGCCCUCUCAAAGCAAGAGCUAGUGCAUCAUCCAGCCAGAGGUUGAAGGGGUUCUGGAAACUUUGGUGGUGGUUGUGGAGCUGGUUUCAGUGCAACUUUGGUCAUGGAGGAAACUUCAGUGAUCUUGGUGGCUUUGGUGGCAGCCAUGGUGGUGGUGGAUAUGGUGGCAGUGAGGAUGGCUAUAAUGAAUUUGGUAAUGAUGGAAACAAUUUUGGAGGUGGCAGAAGCUACAAUGAUUUUGGCAAUUACAACAAUCAGUCUUCAGAUUUUGGACCCAUGAAGGGAGGAAACUUUGGAGGCAGGAGCUCUGGCCCCUGUGGUGGUGGCAGCUAAUAAUUUGCCAAACCACGAAACCAAGGUGGCUAUGGCGGUUCCAGUAGCAGCAGUAGCUAUGGCAGUGGCAGAAGAUUUUAAUUAGGAAA